AUGGCAUCAUCUUCGUCUCGUAGUAGGGUGUUAAAUCCCAGCCCCGAGGAUGGUUCAUUACUGCGCUAUCAGUCUAUUCAUGUUUCAGAGCAUAUUUGGGAUGAUCGUGAACACCCAAUAUUGAGAGUGAGAAGAGGUCAUUUCAUACAUGCUGGCAUGGAGGGAGUACCAGUAGAGAUUAUUCCUCAUUUGACAGUAGCAGGAUUUGCUGGAGUAGCACAGUUGGCUAGUAUUCCUAUUGACCGCCAAUUGAUUACAGCGUUGGUAGAAAGAUGGAGGCCAGAGACCCAUACAUUUCAUAUGCCCCAUGGAGAGUGUGCUAUUACUCUUCAAGACAUUGCUAUUCAGAUGGGUCUUCGUAUUGAUGGAAGACCAGUUAUUGCUCCUACAGGAGGUGACAGGGCACAAAUUGUUGAAGAUUUAUUGGGAAUUAGACCACCUAAUUCUGCAUUCAUGGGGAGCAGCUUGAAACUUACUUGGUUGGAUGAGCAUUUUUCCCAUGUGUGGUUGCACAACCAAAAUCUCAUUCAGCUAACUCGCUUUGCAAGAGCAUAUAUUUUGAGACUUAUUGGUGGGUUUAUGUUAGCUGAUCAUUCUAGUAGCAGGGUCCCAGUUAGGUACCUUCCUUUACUUGAGGAUUUAGAGAUAACUGGACAAUAUAGUUGGGGAAGUGCAGCGUUAGCCUUCCUAUACAGAGAGUUAUGCAUGUCCACGAAUAUUGAUCGGUCUGGUAUUGGAGGAUUGACUCCACUUGUGAUGCUGUGGGCGUGGGAUAGGUUCCCAUUUCUAUCUCCGGGUGAUCCCCCUUACACACAGAAUGAUCUUUUUUAUGGUGCACGAGGGAAGACUGCUAACAAUUGGGAGUCAAAGUUCAGGGGCGUACUUGAGCAUUGGGACAGGAGAUUAGAUUGGGUUGUGAGUAAUGAACCACAAAUUGGUCUACUGAGUUCGAACUCUGAAUACAUGCGGUGGUACCAUACUCAUACUAGACGAUGGAUGAGCAGAGAUGCUGCAGUGUUUGCAUUACUUGUACGUAUAGAUCGUUCUAGUAAAUGA